UUUCCUUCACGUUCAGAUCACCGUGUCUUCAGGGGGGAUGUUGGUGCAGAAGCUCAGGACAGGAAACCUGCAGUCGGACAGGGGCCGCUACGAUGGCACCAUGGUCUACGCCCAGCACAAAAGGCAGCAGGUGGUGAUGACAGAGCAGCUGGCAAAGACUCACACUAACAUCCACUUCUCCGUCAUGCAUCCAGGCUGGGUGGACACUCCAGCGGUGGCCAAUGCCAUGCCAGACUUCCAUAGCUCCAUGAAGGAGAGUCUGCGAACCCCUGAGCAGGGGGCUGACACCGCGGUGUGGCUGGCUGUCUCCGAGGCAACAGCCAAAAACCCUAGUGGGCGCUUCUAUCAGGGUACGAUGCAAAAUGUGAACUAACUUAAACAAGCUUGGUAAAAUUUGAAUCACCCAAGA